AUGACUGAUCCUCUAGACGUGAUUCUCGCGCAUCGCUUGGCCUCUUGGUCCGGCUUGAAAAUGAACCCAGAUCCUUCAAAAUGGCAUUCAAUCUUUCCAUUACCAUAUCCAUUCCAGUCUGCUCGCAAAGAACCAUCCCGCGUGUGUACAAUGAAGCUCCUCCGUCUGUUAACAGGAAAUCACCGUGCCGUCGUUCGAUCUCUUGGCCGCCGGAAUUACAGUGCGCCGUCCGAGGAGUAUCUGAAGAGAAAUUAUGCCAACAAUGAUGCUGAGUACAACACCGUCAUUGGCUCUCUCACUUCUCAGCGAAGGUAUUAUCUAUUGAGGGAUGUGUAUGAUGACAUGAUGCUGGAUGGAGUGCAGCCAUUGAGGGACACAUUUCACUCGCUUGUUGUGGGGACAAUGAAAGGGUCUCGAAUGCAAGACGCUUUUUUCUUCCGAGAUGAAAUGAAAACCAUGGGUUUGGUACCUGAUGUUGCUUUAUACAAUUACUUGAUAUCCACCUGUGGGAAGUGCAGGCAUUCUAGUCAGGCAAUUCAGCUUCUGGAUGAGAUGAAGAAAUGUGAAGUGAAACCCACUGGACAGACCUACAUAUGUUUGCUUCAUGCAUGUGCGGCAACGGGCAGAUUAGAUCGAGUAUAUGCUAUAGUUCGAGAUAUGACUGCUGCCGGUCUUGGUUUGAACAAAUUCUGCUAUGCUGGACUUAUUAUUGCUCACAAGAAUAAAGCAACUUCCUCAGAUGAUACAACUUCAAAAAUUAUUGAGCUUGUGGAGCAAUCUAAAGGGUGGUCUGCAGUUGACCAUACAAAAGUCAAUGCCGAAAAUGUUAUGAAGGGAAUUUCUGAAGAAGAAUUGUACAAUCUCCCGACAGCUGAAUAUAUGCAUCGUCGUGGUGGAUUCAUAUUCAGACCGUUGACUGUAUACCACACAGCAUUUUGGGCUUGCGCUGACCUUAAAGAUGUCCAGGCUACCGAUAAACUUCUGGAGAUGUUCGAGAAGGAUGAAGAAACAAGAGACCGUGAUGUUUAUAUUUUGAUGCAAGUUAUGAGAUGCUAUCUUCAUGCUGGGGAUAUUGACCGUGGGUUGAAAAUUUUUGAAGAUUACAUGAGUUCGAACCGACCCCCUAUGGUAGAACUAUAUGUGACACUUAUUGAAGGAGCCAUGGUUGGAUAUACACCCAGGGGUAUGCAAAUUGCUCAAGAUACUCUGGUCAAUAUGAAUGCAAAGGGCUUGUUCUUGAGUUUUAAGAUGGCAAAUGAUCUCCUACUUGUUGCUGCGGGUGAAGAGGAUGGCGGAUAUUUUGUUGCCAACUUCUUAUGGGAUUUGAUGCAAACUCGUAAGAUGACCCCGUCACUCCCUGCUGUUCAGGCAUAUCACAAUGGUUUGAGAGGAAGAGAGGUACCUGAGGAUGAUCCUCGGCUGCAGUUGGUUUCCUCAACUCUGAACAAUCUUAAACUUAAAGAGAAUAACACGCUCUCAAGCAGGAGAAUAAAAUGCUUUCAGGAGAAAAAGAACAACACAACAACUAAAACACAAACCCAGGAGAAAAAGAACAAUACAACAACUAAAACACAAACCAAAAGAUUGCACCCAAAAACGGCGGCCGACUCAGGCCCUUCCCUCACCACAGUGGUGGAAGAAGUCGGUGACCGCGAACUUAACGCACGGAAUCACUCAAAAGGAAAAAAGCAAUGGAGGGAAUUGGAGUUGGAUAAGGGUUUAUGGAGAGACAAGUGGUGCAUUGGGGGUGACUGGAAUGCACUUAGAGGAAGCAGUGACAAGAGAGGAGGGAGGAUCAGGCCUGAGAGGAGCUUUGAUAGUUUUAAUGCUUUUAGUGCUAAUAUGGGGAUGAUGGAGGUUCAUAUGGAAGGAUACCCUUACACUUGGGUAAUAAUAGGAGCAAAAGUUACUUCUCAAUUUAGGAGUGCAUUUGACCACUCUAUGCUAAUCCUAGAUACUAGCAGCCAAGACUCAAAGUUCUUCAAGAGAUUUGUUUUUGAUAAAAGAUGGCUAAAGAGGGAUAGGUGUGCUGAGGAAGUUGAGAAAGCUUGGAGUGAGGAAGUGGCUGGGAACCCAAUAGUGCAGGUUAGAGAGAAGGUCAAAAGAAUAAGAAUGACUAUUAUCAGAUGGAAUAAGGUGCUUAAAUCUGAGAAUGUCCAGAAAAUCGAGCCUUGA